GCACCCGACCGCAUGUACCUUACAGCUGAUUUUAUUUAAUUAUAUCCCAUCCUUCCUUCAUCCACGCCUUCUACUCCUGUACGCACGCACCGUCGCCGGCAAAUGGAGGCGCCCCUGCUGAACGGCGUCGCUGCCGGAGACUACCGGCCGGCAAGGAGGGCAGGAGAGUUGAAGAGCGUGGCGUGGACGGAGACGGUGAAGCUGUGGAGAAUAGCGGGUCCCAUAGCCUUCAACAUACUGUGCCAGUACGGCGUCAACUCCGCCACCAACAUCUUCGCGGGUCACCUCGGCGAACUCCAGCUCUCCGCCGUCGCCAUCUCUCUCUCCGUCAUCGGCACCUUCUCCUUCGGCUUCAUGCUUGGCAUGGGAAGCGCCCUGGAGACGCUGUGCGGUCAAGCAUUCGGCGCAGGCCAAAUCGACCUGCUCGGCGUUUACAUGCAACGCUCAUGGAUAAUCUUGUGGAUCUCCUGCUUCUUCCUCCUCCCCAUUUACGCCUUCGCCGCCCCAAUCCUCAAACUCCUCGGCCAGGAACCCGACAUCGCCGACCUCGCCGGCGAGUUCACUCUCCAAGUCAUCCCUCAGCUCUUCUCGCUCGCCAUAACUUUUCCCACCCAGAAGUUCCUGCAGGCGCAGAGCAAGGUCGGCGUGCUGGCGUGGAUCGGGCUCGUCGCCCUCGUCGCGCACAUCGGCCUGCUCUGGCUCUUCGUUUUCGCGUUCGGCUGGGGCACGGCUGGGGCGGCCGCCGCAUUUGACAUCUCCAGCUGGGCGACUGCGGUGGCGCAAGUCGUGUAUGUGGUGGGUUGGUGCAGGGAAGGAUGGAAGGGACUGUCCCUGUCCGCGUUUAAGGACAUUUGGGCAUUCGUCAGGCUCUCCCUCGCCUCUGCCGUUAUGCUCUGUUUGGAGGUUUGGUACUUGAUGAGCAUAAUCAUUCUCACUGGCCAUCUCGACAAUGCCGUGAUAGCGAUUGGAUCUCUUUCCAUCUGUACAAAUUUGAAUGGGUUGGAAGCCAUGCUGUUUAUUGGAAUAAAUGCUGCCAUAAGCGUUCGAGUAUCGAACGAACUCGGGUUGGGCCGUCCAAGAGCAGCGAAAUACUCUGUUUAUGUCACGGUCUUCCAAUCUCUCCUCAUUGGGCUGCUAUUCAUGAUUGUUAUCUUGAUAACGAGAGACUAUUUUGCCGUCAUCUUCACCAGCAGCAAGGAACUGCAAGCCGCCGUCCCUCACUUGGCAUACCUUCUUGGCUUAACCAUGGUCCUUAACAGCGUGCAGCCAGUGAUAUCCGGAGUUGCCAUUGGAGGUGGAUGGCAAGCAUUGGUGGCUUACAUAAACUUGGGUUGUUACUACAUUUUCGGGCUCCCUCUUGGGUUCGUCUUAGGCUACAAGGCAAAGUUGGGAGUGAUGGGAAUUUGGGGAGGCAUGAUUUGUGGAACUGCUCUCCAGACCUUGCUGCUCUUGAUUGUUCUAUACCGAACCAAUUGGAACAAGGAGGUGGAGCAAACACUGGAGCGGAUGCGGAAGUGGGGAGGGCAGGAAAUCAAAGCUGAGAAAAUGGCUGAUGGUAUAUGAAAUCAGUUCAUCUAAACAAAAAUUGAACCAUUUUUUAUGCUUUUCCCCUGUUUUUGGUGCCUCAUAUGGACGGAACAGAGCACUUUUGUGUCCACUUUGUGUUAUUUUUUUUCUUCAAAAAAAUUCAUAGCCAAAGCUCUAUCGAGGCAAGGCGCACCUUCAAAUUUCAUUUUAGGUUUUAGCUUCCAUCUCUCAUUCGUAGUCACCUCUUUUUGAGAAAUAUAUAUUUUCUAAUUGUUCUUCA